AUGUUUGGGAAACAAGACAAAAUGGACGUUAGAUGCAGUUCAGAGACUGAAGCUAACCGGGUCUCGAAGAACGGACAUAAAGAGGGCAAGGAAAGCAAAGGGUCUGAAGGAAAUAUUUCUACUUCUUUUUUGAAGGAUCAGCAAGGGACUUUUUCUGCCUCUGCAGCUACGGAAGGUUGUAAUAAAAGUAAAUCUAGUUCGGCUGAUCCGGACUAUUGCAGGAGGAUCCUAGUUAGAGAUGCCAAAGGUUCAAUCCGAGAGAUUAUUCUACCUAAGGGGCUUGAUCUGGACCGUCCCAAGCGGACCCGCACCUCCUUCACGGCCGAGCAGCUCUACCGCCUGGAGAUGGAGUUCCAGCGCUGCCAGUACGUGGUGGGGCGGGAGCGCACCGAGCUCGCCCGCCAGCUCAAUCUCUCCGAGACUCAGGUCAAGGUCUGGUUCCAGAACCGGCGCACCAAGCAGAAGAAAGACCAAGGCAAGGACUCCGAGCUGCGCUCGGUGGUGUCCGAGACCGCCGCCACCUGCAGCGUGCUGCGGCUGCUGGAGCAGGGCCGGCUGCUGUCCCCGCCGGGGCUGCCGGGCCUGCUGCCGCCCUGCGUCUGUCCGGGCGGGAGGGGCGGUCGCGCUGUCCGGGAAGGGACGCAGAGGGUCAGCGGCCGGGGCGAGGCUCGGCCGGGCUCCCUUCCAUCGGCUCUGGCCAAGGCCGAGCCAGGGAGCGGCGUUUCGGAGAGAGGAGGAUGGAGCUGCCAGGUGAUGCCCGUUUAGGGGUGGUUUUUUUUUGUGUCUCCCGGACUCAGUGAUUUGUAAGCACAAAGGUUUUUGGGGCCCCGCCUGUGGCCCCCGUGUACCCCCACACUCGCUGCACUACAGCCCCGAGCGAGCCCUUAGCACCCGUCAGGAAACCCUCCAGCAACUUUUCUUUUUCACGGGAAAUCUUGAAUGUGGGAAGGGCCGAAACGGACUGAACGUACAGUCACGAAUAGGGGAGACAGAAGCCAGUGGCUGCAGAAAUUUUGCAUAAAAUUGUCUCUUCCUUCGAGAUAACACAACGUUCCCCCCCCUUUUCCCCCUUUUUUCCUUUCUUUUUUUUUUUUUUUAAUUUGAAUUCCGACGGGCCUGUCCCGCAAAGCUUAUCUGCAAAAACAAGUCUGCAGAUAAAUCACGGAACUCACAAAUCUAUUUGUAUCUAGACCUGUUGCGAUCGUAAUUUUAAUUUUUAUUGCUCUGUUUGAUAUUUCCAAAUAAUUUCAGUGUUCAUCUAAACACAAAAAAA